GAGCUCAUCAAUCUUCCCUCGUGCGAAUCGCAGUGUCCUUGGCAAAGGAACGUACCUUGGAAAGAAUAUGCGACGCGCCUUCGCGCGAAGAUUCUUUUAGAUGCGAAUCAUGGAAUCUUCUCCCUACCUCAAUCAAGAGUUUUAAGACCCCCUCCCUAUUCAAACCACCUUCUCAUUUAAACUAACCUACACCUACCUCCGUCUCCCUAGCGCACGUUAGCAGCGAAUUUCUACUAGUUCCUGGAGUAUGUCAAACCCAUCUAGAGCCCUUGAUGGGGUCCAUGGACUACAUCGGGUCCCCCAUUCGCCAUUCUCAGUGCAUGAGACUUCUCAGCAUGGGGACUGCCAUCUCUCAACCUGUGAUGGUUCGGAGGCUAUUGGAGCAAACCAGAGAUUAUUAAUGAGUCGGAUGUGGCAGCAGAGACCAUCAUGCCUGAGGCCGAUACACUGUUGUCUUGGAGGAGGGGAUCAGAACCUCUCAGAGACAAUUGCUAAUGUAUUAACAUCUCUGCCAUUUAUUGUCCUCGGCAUCCAGGCCCCACGGAAGAACUUGAAUGGCAUACUGUAUGCAAAUUCGUUGAUCGGAGUUGGAGUUGCCUCGAGUUUAUACCACUCCUCAAGAGGAGAAAUCAGGAAGUAUCUGCGAUGGGCUGAUUACACAAUGAUAGCCACGACCACAGUCUGUCUUUCGAGGGCAAUCGGGAAUGAGAAUCCAAAAUUGCUAAUGGCAGCAUCUGCAUUGUGUCUACCAUUUCAACCAUUGAUGGUUUCAGUUCUCCACACCGGCAUGAUGGAGGUAGCAUUCGCAAGAAGAGCAUUGACGAAACCAGAGCUGAGGAUGGCCCACAACCUUCACAAGAUGUCGUCGCUAUUGGGAGGUGUGCUUUUUGUGGCGGAUGAUUUCUUCCCUCAGACUCCAUACAUCCAUGCUGCAUGGCAUCUUGCAGCAGCAAUUGGUGUUGGUACAUGUCAUACACUUCUCGAAUGACUAUGCUCAGUGGUACAUGCAUAUAUGACUAUCAUCAAUGAUUGUUGACCUGAGAAUGCAUAUAUAUAGUCAGACCCUCAAUCUGCACAAGUGGGGCCCACAUUUUCAUGAUGGGCCCCAACAUGGAUGGUCCAUCCUCCAAAUAUCUCGCCCAUGGGACAAUCCUAACCUGUUGCUGAUCAGGGAGCAUGUAAGUAGAUAAGUCUUCCGAAAUAAAUAAAUAAAGAUGUAGGAGCAGUGCAAGUUUGGCAGAAAGAAGUCCAAAGAUUUGAUGGCCAGGAGCUUCCAGGCAUAGAUCAAAAACCUGAAAGCUCAACUUGAUUCCAUGUUCAGCCGGGUCAGGUUGACUCGAAGACUCGAUCUGACUCGACUCAAUAUUUAAUUAUUGUAAAUUGAAAACGUUUGGAUUAUAAAUGGAUAUUUAUUAUU